ACAGAGUGCAUACACAAAUCGUGCUGGGAGGAGGAACGAGACGACAGUAGCGCGUGCAGCGACGCCUCUCUCACAGACUUUACCACGGACGAUGAGGGCAAAUGGCAUUGCCCGCCUAAACAAGUCUGGAAGGCUACCGUCGAGGCUAUUCAAGAAUACAAGAUGGUGCGGGAGGGUGACAAGGUGCUGGUUUGUCUCUCAGGACGUCGGGAUUCUGUCGCAUUACUUCACGCUAUGCAUCAUUACCAGUACUACGCCCGCGCUAAGGGACAACACUUUAGUAUAGGAGCACUGUUCGUACACGAGCCGCAGUCGGAAGUGGACCCUCUACAUUUAAUGGCGUACUGCAGGACUUUAGGAGUCAAGUUCAUAUAUGAAGAUAAACUGGAUGAUGAAGAGUCUAGUAAGUCUAUUAAGUAAUAUUUCAUAAUUUAAGUACCUAAAGUAUAUAAAGCACCAAUAUUAGUGUAGAUACAGUUUUAAAUAGAAAAGAAACAAUACCAAUACCAAUCAUGUUCCAAUGUCAUUACCAUUCAUCAUCUCCUUUUUUUUAUGCAAUAAGGUGGCAAACGAGCAAGCGG